ACAAAAAAACACUCUCUUCGGUGAAAUUCACCCGCAGAAAACACCCCAUAGGCCUCUCUCUCUCUCUUCAUCUCAAGGCCUCAACCGGGCCCAAAAGUUCACCGAUCGAUCCUAGGGUUUCCGAUUUCAAGCUCAUAAUCUGAAGAUCGAGGUCAAGUUCACCGUUUCCGAUCCAAUUCCGUGAUCUCGGCGCCUUUCCAUUUGAUUUCGGGGUGGAGUUCUAGGCUUUCCGGGAGAUAUGGAUGCUGAUUCGUGGAGCGCCCGCCUCUCUUCCGCUUCGAAGCGGUACCAGUUGGCCCUUCAAUCGCGAUCCGAUAUGUUCAUGGGAUUUGAAGAAAUUGAUGGAGACGAUGACGUAAGAGAGGAGUUUCCAUGUCCAUUCUGCUCAGAAUACUUUGACAUCGGAGGAUUGUGCUGUCACAUUGAUGACGAGCAUCCUACGGAGGCAAACAAUGGGGUUUGUCCGAUAUGUGCGAUGAGAGUGGGGAUUGAUAUGGUUGCCCACAUAACCCUUCAUCAUGGAAACAUCUUCAAGGUGCAGCGCAAGAGGAAAUCGCGCAGAAGUGGAUCUCAUUCUACGCUCUCUCUGUUGAGGAGAGAACUGCGGGAAGGAACUUUACAGUCCCUUUUGGGGGGCUCCUCCUGCAUAGUUUCCUCAUCUAGUGCAGCACCAGACCCCUUGUUGUCAUCAUUUAUCUUACCUAUGACUGAUGAUUUUAGUAGCAUGCCUUCUCAGAUUCCAAGCGAGGCAAGCUCAGCCAAGAAAAUCUUGGAUGAGAAAGUCACGGAAAGCAGGAAUUUUCAGUCGACUCUAUUGUCGGUAAAGGAUCAACAGGAGAGGGCAAAGAGGUGCGAGUUUGUUCGCGGGCUUUUGUUAUCGACCAUCCUCGAAGAUGACUUGUGAAGAGACACAGAGUGACAGGCUGAGACAGAAACCGAGAAAGAGAGAGAGUUCGAGAAGGCCGCUGCAAUGGUGAGAUUUCGAAUUCGAAAACCAAGAGAGCCCAUUCCCCCCUCCACCCUUCCCCCUAUGUAUUAAGGUGUUUGUUUGUAGCUAAAUGUAUCAAACGAAAGUGAGUGUGGAAUAAUAAGUCGGUCGGAAAUUAGUUGCAAUGUGGACAAACUGAGGUUUCCCCCUUAUCAACCCCUUCCUCACUCCCUCAUGUAGUUUAUUGGCCAUUGAUGAAUUUUAGAGAGAAGAAAAAUAAUUCCUUUGCUAGUAAUCAGAUUAUUCCCCUUUGUGAAUAAUAUUACAUGUUGAGUAUAUUGACAGAUUUGCCCCUUUUGCCUCA